GCAAGACUGAACUCGUUAGGGUUUUAUCUUAUUAUUUGGUCCCAUUUGGGAGGAGGGUUUUAUUGCUCUACCGGAGCAGAGAGAUGAUGACUGUGAAAAAGCUCUUUGGCCGUCAAUGGAGGAUCUUCAUAAUCAUCAUCAUCAUUAUUGCUCUCUCCAACUUCUCUCUCGUUUCCUCAAAACACCAUGGCAACCCGGCCAAUGACAUCAUCGAGAUCAUCAACACGAACCGAACAAACGAUAAACUUUCUCGUCUAAACAACAAUCCCGGUCUCGGGUGCAUGGCCUUACAAUAUUCAAAACAAUGUAAAGGCAAUUGCACCCGUAACAAUACAAUAACUUGUCAACCAAACGAAGACGACUUCACCGAGAUUUUCGCAGCCAAUUGUGGAGUUGAGCUUCCAACUUUCGGAACCAUAACCGGGCACAUCAUAGGAUGUAACCACAAAUAUCUGAAAUCGCCAUCCGAAGUCUUUUAUAGGGUUCUUUUUCGCGAUAAGAAAUCGGUUUCUAUUUUGAGGAAUAGAAAUCAUACUGAAGUGGGAAUAGGUUUGGUGGGAGGAAAUGAUGGGUAUUAUUAUUGGUGUGUUAUUUUUGGUGGUGAUCAAGGUAAUACGUCGUCGUUUAAGCUUGAGGAUAUGGGUAAAGGGAUUAAGCAAAAGAAAGGAUGCUUUAGUGGAUCUGGUGAUAGUUUUUGUAAGCAAAUCAAUGGUGGUGGGAGAUUAUUAAAUAAUGUUUUAUUGUUGGUUUUAUUAUUAUUGUUGGUUCUUUAUGUAUGAA